AUGGAUACUCAGCUUCGCAGUGCAGUUCUAUUGGAAUGGAAAAACUUGACCGUUAGUGUGCGCCCCACGGGAAACUCUAGCCAAACGGAAUGGACCGGAAGACCGGGACAUCAACAGCGAAAGGAAACUGUCAUCCUUCGAAACGCAAACGGUGCUGUUAGAUCGGACAAUUUGGUAGCCAUUAUGGGACCAAGUGGUGCGGGUAAGACGACCCUGCUGGCCGCCAUUUCGAUGCGCAUAACGGGCGCUACCACCGUGCACGGUAAGGUCCUUAUCAACGGGCUGUAUGUGACCAGGACGCAGAUGAAGCAGCUGACCGGGUUCGUGCCGCAGUACGACAUCGCGCUAAAAUCCCUCACGGUCGCCGAGCAUCUAAGUUUUGCGGCGAAGCUGAAAAACGUCGGCUACGUUGGGGCGAUGCGCAUUGCAAACGAGCUCGGUCUGCAGGGUUGUCUGAGCACGCGCAUCGCGCAUCUGUCGGGGGGUGAGCGGAAGAAGGUAAAUCUGGCCGGCGAGCUCCUGACCGAGCCGCAGAUUUUGUUCUGUGACGAGCCGACCACCGGUCUCGACAGCUACAAUGCGGCAUCGGUAAUGAAAACGCUCCAAUCGCUGGUGGAAAAUGGACGUCGAGCGGUCGUCUGUACGAUCCACGAUCCACCAUCGCAGGUGUUCCAGCGCUUCAGCGACGUCAUCCUGAUGCAGGACGGUGGAUCCGUGCUCUAUCAGGGUCCCACCGCCGAUCGAGUAGUGUUUUUUAAUUCCAUUGGAAAGGUACUCCCAGUGACGGGGAAUCCCGCGGACUACUACUUUCAACUAGUCAGCCCCGGGGCAAGCGUUUCGCCGGCUAGCGAAGCCGAGGAAGCCAUCCAUCGCCACGAAACGAUCCGUAAGGCGUGCCGGGAAAAUAUCGCCCGCAAGUGCCUUACGACGCGGUAUCAUCAGGCGAUGAUUAUCCAGAAGUUGACCAACGAUAAGCAUCGUGUCUGUCGUGCACGCCAGCUGACCAUACUACUCCAUCGAACGGCCCUCACUAGUAUUCGGAACUUCAGAGAGUACCUCACGGUGACAGCUAUAUUCAUGUUUACGAGUGUCGUGAUUGCAUCCCUGUAUUACGAAGUGCGCCCUCUCACGCAGACUUCCAUCCAGGAUAUCCGAGGGGCGCUAUUUCUGAUGAUCAGCGAACUCGUCUACACGACCAGCUACGGCGUUUUCUACACGUUUCCGGCCGAAAUGCCCCUCAUUCGGCGCGAGAUCGGCGAGAAGACGUACAACCUGUCGGUAUACUACGCGCACAAAGUCCUCUACAGCAUCCCGCGAGCCUUUUUCGAGUCAUUUCUCUUCAUCGGUGUAAUCUACGCGUCCGUCGGCUUCACCACCGACUUCCUUACGUACUGCUCUAUGUCGCUCGUCACCGGAGCAGCGAGUGUCCUCGCCAUGGCCUACGGGUAUCUCCUCUCGUGCACCUCCGGCUCGACGAAUAUGGCCAUCGAGAUCAGCAACAUCGUGUUCCUGGCGUUCAUGCUGCUUGGUGGCCUGUACCUGAACGUGAACGCGUUCCCGAUGCUCAAGUAUCUGUCGUGUUUCUUCUUCGCCAGCGAAGGAGUCUCUGUCUACUACUGGCUGUCGAUCGGUUCGAUACCGUGCGACUCCGACCAGCGGAGAGGUAACGAAACGGUCACCUGCCUGCCCACCGGGAUAGCCGUCCUGGAGGAUGCCGGAUAUGCCACGUCGUACGAGGCACUCGAGCUGAACUAUCUCGUCAUGGCGGUACAGAUCGUGCUGGUCCACUUACUAGCGUACGUUCUGCUCAGGAGGUUCGUUCGUAAGGCUGGAUUCUACUGAUCGA